AGUCUUUGCUUUUUUAAGGAAUUAUUAGAUACAAUGCAUAAAAUAAAUGUACUGGAACUUUUACAAUGAUAUUUCUGAAAACCGAAAGAGACUAAAAGGGGUUACAUUUUGCUGAGCUUUUUAUACUUAUGGUUGGGGAAAUGUUGCUCGUCUAUUCUUCUCUUUCAAUUUUCUUAAAUGACGUCAUUCAGCCUUGACCUUCACAGCCAUGCCAAGCGCAGAUACCGAAUUGAAGUCCUCCACCGGCCCCAGUUGGGCUGACCAGGUUGAUCAAGUUGAAGAUGGUGAACUCCCUCCCCCAAGUGAAGAUUACAACAAGGGCUUGAAAGUUAUUACAGAAUACAAGUACAACGAUGAGGGAAAGAAAGUCAAAGUUGUGAAAACAUACAAAGUUGAGAAGAAAAGGGUCCCAAAAUCUAUUGCAAGAAGAAAGGGAUGGAAGAAAUUUGGUGCUGCAGAGAGGGAUCCUCCAGGUCCCAAUCCUGCUAACACUAUACUGGCGGAGGAUGUUUAUAUGCAGUUUGUGCACGAUAAACAGCAACAACUCCAAGAGACCUCAGAGAAGGAACAAGAUCCACUUGCUAAACUCAAGGGCAGACUGGUGUCCUGUCGUAUCUGUAAAGGUGACCAUUGGACAACAAAAUGUCCUUACAAGGACACAUUAACCCCCUUGCAAGAUGCCUUGGAGAGUGCUGACAAGCCUAAGCCUGAGCCUGGAGCAGAGAAUACUGAGGCUGCUGCAGCUGGAGGUAGAACAGCAGGAAAGUACAUCCCUCCAAGUAUGAGAGAUGGUGCAACCAGACGAGGAGAGUCAAUGCAUAACCAGAAACGAGAUGAGUCUGCGACUAUUAGAGUGACAAAUCUCUCUGAGGACACCAGGGAGGCAGAUCUCCAAGAGCUGUUCCGACCUUUUGGUUCCAUCUCCAGAAUUUACCUCGCAAAAGAUAAAAUUACAGGACAGUCCAAAGGUUUUGCGUUUAUUAACUUCCACCGGAGAGAAGAUGCUGCGAGAGCUAUUCAAGGGGUCUCUGGCUUCGGUUACGAUCAUCUCAUUCUCAAUGUGGAAUGGGCCAAGCCAUCAGGAAGUUAAAAUGUGAAAUAAAGUAUGGAGGGCAAUUCUAUUCAACAUUCUGCAACAUUUUGCUGUCAUUGGACAUUAUUUAAUAACAAUUAUGGAUAGCAAAAUUACAAUAAAACUUAUUAACAUUUUGAAAAAUCAUCAUGACGUAUGUGUGAACGAUUUUCACAUAAUGCCUGGGUCACAUUUGCUCCGAUCCAUCGGCCGGCGCCCGCCCAAUUGAGUGUUUUGUUCAAUAUUGCAUUCAAUUUUUAAC